UCCCCCAAAGUACACCGCUACCCCACGAUGGACGCUGUCCCCCUCCUCCUGAGCAAAGUCAAACCUGAACCUCCUGAGGACCUGCUCUCCCACGACCCUCAUUUCCAGACGCAGACCGAGCCUGUCGACCUGUCAAUCAACAAACUCCGCCCCUCACCCCCCUCCAUCACCUACACCGCUUCUCCUGUCACUUCUGCUUUCUCUCCGUCCUCCAUUUCUUCAUUAUCAUCGUCAUCCUCCUCUCCAUCUGUCAUCACAUCCGCCUCGUCCGUGCUCACACCCGGGCCCCUGGUGGCCCCUGGAGCCGGUGUCCAGGGUCAUCAUCAUCAUCAGCAGCAGUUUUUGCACAUCCUGCACCCUGUGCCGCCGCCACCCUCCAGCCCCCUGAACCUGGGAGGGGUACAGGGCAUAGGAGGAGGAGUAGGGGGAAAGAUGGGGGGCCACCACCUGCAUCGUAUCCCUGUGGUGGUACAGUCACUGCCCCUCAUGUACACCACAGCCGUGCGCUCGCCCUCCAGCCUUCACAACAAUGCCAUCAUGCUACCUCUGCUGGAUAAUCACAAGAGCCACCAUAGCAAAGGUGAGACAAAAAGCAGGCUUGGUCUGUCUGUCUCUGUCUCUGUCUCUGUCUCUCUGUCUCUCUGUCUCUCUGUCUCUAAAUAUUUGAGUAUAUCUUUUCAUGUGACAACACUGAAGAAAUGACACUUUGCUACAAUGUAAAGUAGUGAGUGUACAGCUUGUAUAACAGUGUACAUUUGCUGUCCCCUCAAAAUAACACAGCGGUUUAGCCAUUCAUGUCUAAACCGCUGGCAACAAAAGUGAGUACACCCCUAAGUGAAAAUGUCCAAAUUGAGGCCAAAGUGUCAAUAUUUUGUGUGGCCACUCCUUAGGUGUGUCCAAACUUUUGACUGGUACUAUAUAUACAGUACCAGUCAAAAGUUUGGACACACCUACUCAUUCAAGGGUUAUUCCUUAUUUUUAUUAUAUAUAUAUAUAUAUAUAUAUAUAUAUAUAUAUAUAUAUAUAUAUAUAUACACAGUGGGGGGAAAAAGUAUUUAGUCAGCCACCAAUUGUGCAAGUUCUCCCACUUAAAAAGAUGAGAGAGGCCUGUAAUUUUCAUCAUAGGUACAUGUCAACUAUGACAGACAAAUUGAGAAAAGAAAAUCCAGAAAAUCACAUUGUAGGACUUUUAAUGAAUUUAUUUGCAAAUGAUGGUGGAAAAUAAGUAUUUGGUCACCUACAAACAAGCAAGAUUUCUGGCUCUCACAGACCUGUAACUUCUUCUUUAAGAGGCUCCUCUGUCCUCCACUCGUUACCUGUGUUAAUGGCACCUGUUUGAACUUGUUAUCAGUAUAAAAGACACCUGUCCACAACCUCAAACAGUCACACUCCAAACUCCACUUUGGCCAAGACCAAAGAGCUGUCAAAGGACACCAGAAACAAAAUUGUAGACCUGCACCAGGCUGGGAAGACUGCAUCUGCGGUAAGCAGCUUGGUUUGAAGAAAUCAACUGUGGGAGCAAUUAUUAGGAAAUGGAAGACAUACAAGACCACUGAUAAUCUCCCUCGAUCUGGGGCUCCACGCAAGAUCUCACCCCGUGGGGUCAAAAUGAUCACAAGAACGGUGAGCAAAAAUCCCAGAACCACACGGGGGGACCUAGUGAAUGACCUGCAGAGAGCUGGGACCAAAGUAACAAAGCCUACCAUCAGUAACACACUACGCCGCCAGGGACUCAAAUCCUGCAGUGCCAGACGUGUCCACCUGCUUAAGCCAGUACAUGUCCAGGCCCGUCUGAAGUUUGCUAGAGUGCAUUUGGAUGAUCCAGAAGAGGAUUGGGAGAAUGUCAUAUGGUCAGAUGAAACCAAAAUAGAACUUUUUGGUAAAAACUCAACUUGUCGUGUUUGGAGGACAAAGAAUGCUGAGUUGCAUCCAAAGAACACCAUACCUACUGUGAAGCAUGGGGGUGGAAACAUCAUGCUUUGGGGCUGUUUUUCUGCAACGGGACCUGGACGACUGAUCCGUGUAAAGGAAAGAAUGAAUGGGGCCAUGUAUCGUGAGAUCUUUAGUGAAAACCUCCUUCCAUCAGCAAGGGCAUUGAAGAUGAAACGUGGCUGGGUCUUUCAGCAUGACAAUGAUCCCAAACACACCGCCCGGGCAACGAAGGAGUGGCUUCGUAAGAAGCAUUUCAAGGUCCUGGAGUGGCCUAGCCAGUCUCCAGAUUUCAACCCCAUAGAAAAUCUUUGGAGGGAGUUGAAAGUCCGUGUUGCCCAGCGACAGCCCCAAAACAUCACUGCUCUAGAGGAGAUCUGCAUGGAGGAAUGGGCCAAAAUACCAGCAACAGUGUGUGAAAACCUUGUGAAGACUUACAGAAAACGUUUGACCUGUGUCAUUGCCAACAAAUGGUAUAUAACAAAGUAUUGAGAAACUUUUGUUAUUGACCAAAUACUUAUUUUCCACCAUAUAAUUUGCAAAUAAAUUCUUUAAAAAUCCUACAAUGUGAUUUUCUGGAUUAUUUUCUUCUCAUUUUGUCUGUCAUAGUUGACGUGUACCUAUGAUGAAAAUUACAGGCCUCUCUCAUCUUUUUAAGUGGGAGAACUUGCACAAUUGGUGGCUGACUAAAUACUUUUUUCCCCACUGUAUAUGUAUAUAUAUUUAUAUAUAUAUAUAUAUAUAUAUAUAUAUAUGUAUAUAUUAAUAACAUUCCACUCAUAAGGCCUCUAGGUCAUUUGACUGCAGGAACGGACUACAGACAAGUACACUGAAUUUAGACUGCCAAAUGCUUAUUUAGACACAAUCACCAUCUCUUCAAAGUAAGUUAAUAAAUAUAGUCCAGUUUGUAACAUUCUUUAUUUAAUUGGCUUUUAAAUUAAGUGUUAUUUAAUGUAGGCUUUGAACUUACUGAUGUAUGUCCAUUUAAAGUGGUUAAAAUUCAUGAAAAUGUUGAUGGUAGUAUGAUAAACCAAAGAAAAUAUAAAUUGUCAUCAAGUUUUAUACAUUUAUGUUUACUUUUUGAAAUUAUUAAUAUUACUGAAUAAAAAAAAUUUAAAUCUAAAAAUUGAUAGGUAGAUACAAAAAUUUGAUUUCGGCCUUAAGAGCGCACAAGAGUUAUGGGCUAUGGGAGAGAUACCCGGAGAGAGAAACAGGAUAUACAAUAUCAUAGUACGGGACAGAAGGAAAAUAAGUUUAACAUAUUCCUUACAGUAAGAUUCCCCUCUUAUUACUAAGAACAGCUACACCACAAAUGGUGACAAUGAUUUAGUGGAUUUAGUUUGAACCCUUACAUUGUUUUUCAUUAGUUUAUUCUGAUUAAUUAUGGAAACGUCAGCUAGCCACAAACUUUUCCAGCUAGCUAUCAAGCUAAUAACAUAUUAGCCACAAACUGGGAGAAGUGGCUGAAAUGUUAAGAAAAUAUCCUGUUAGCGUUGAACAUCAAAGAUCAUGCAUGGAAACGUGCCAUGCUACUCCACUGUGGUGGGGAGCAACUUUUCGAUAUUUCACCAAGGAGAGUGCCCUGCAAAUGGCCCUGGGUCUCACCCAUAGUUGUAGUUCCCAAACCAAAGCAACCUGGCAAAAUCAGAGUGUGUGUGGAUAUGAGACGUACAAAUCAGGCUGUCAAACGUGAGAGGCACCUCACGCCAAUGGUUGACGACAUGAUAACAGACCUUAAUAGUGCAAAAGUCUUCCCAAAACUCGACCAGACAGCGGGGUACCACCAACUUGAGCUGCAUCCUCUACAUCACCACUUUGGUGGCCUGUGGCGCUACAAACACCUCAACUUUGGGAUAUCCUCAGCUGCAGAAAUCUUUCAAAACACGAUCCCAGGUGUUCUGAACAUUAGCGAUGACAUACUGGUUUGUGGCUCAACUCAACUAGAACAUGAUGAGCGUUUAGAGAAAGUCCUCACACGACUACGGAACUGCAACUUGACUGUCAAUGCUGCCAUGUGUGAGUUCAACAAAACAACAGUGCUAUGUGUUUUCUGCAGACCCCAAAAGGUUGCAGCAAUCAAACAGACCACAGCUCCUCAGAACCCUGAAGAAAUCCAGAGCUUCUUAGGCCUUGUGACUAACUGUGGGCUUUUCAUUCCAGACCUGGCCACCAGGAAACAACCCCUCAGAGAACUCACAAAAAAAGACCAACUGGGAUCAUUUUAGGGUACAAUUUUUUUUGCUGAAAAACAGACUCAGCAGUGACACAGUCAUUGACUACUUAGAUCAAACAAAAGACACUGAAAUCGUGGUGGAUGCCAGCCCAGUGGGUCUUGGCGCAGUCUUAACCCAGACUGGUUCGGAUGGAAAAAUGCACACGUGGAGUGAUGCUAUUCACAGAUGGAGAGGAAGGCACUGGGCAUCAUCUGGGGUUGCUUUCAUCUUCAGCUCUACUUAGUGAGACACACCUUCACUGUCAUUACUGACCACAAGCUGCUUGUGCCUAUCUUUCAACAAGCCCUCGUCCUCCCCUCCUCCAAGAAUAGAACGAUGGUUGCUGAAACUUCAAAACUUCACGUUCUCUGUUGUCUACAAGGCUGGAUCUGGCAACCGAGCUGAUAACUUCUCCAGACACCCAGUCCCAGAGCAGGGGCCCAACGACAAUCAUGCCUCAGAGCUAGCAGAAGCUCAUGUCCGCUUUGUGGUCAAGCACAAUGUUCUGCGUGCUAUGAAACUGGCUGAAAUCCAAGCAGCAACACGGUCUGACCCAUGUUACAUUUACAUUUUACAUUUUAGUCAUUUAGCAGACGCUCUUAUCCAGAGCGACUUACAGUUAGUGAUUACAUAUUUUUUUUAUACUAGCCCCCCGUGGGAAUCGAACCCACAACCCUGGCGUUGCAAACACCAUGCUCUAUCAACUGAGCUACAUCCCUGCCGGCCAUUCCCUCCCCUACCCUAGACGACGCUGGGACAAUUGUGCGCCGCCCAUGAGUCUCCCGGUCGCGGCCGGCUGCGACAGAGCCUGGAUUCGAACCAGGAUCUCUAGUGGCACAGUUAGCACUGCGAUGCAGUUCCUUAGACCACUGCGCCACUCAGGAGCUCAGCGGGGUACCACCAACCAUGUCUACUCAGUCAUCAAUGGUGUUAGAACAGGACAGUGGCACACACUUCUGGAACACACAGCUGACCUAUCUCCAACCCAACAGUCUCAACUACGCUGCCUACACAAUAAGAAAUCUGAACUGACUGCAACCAAUCUGCUGUUCAGGGGAAAUACACUUGUCAUAACAGCAGCACUACAGUGCCGGGUAAUAGAGAUUGCCCGUGAAGUCCAUCAAAGGAGUUGUAAAGACAACAAAGCUCCUUCGUGAAAAAGUAUGGUUUCCUAAUAUUGAUCAGAGAGUUGAGGACUUCAUCAAAACCUGUAUUGCAUGCCAGGCAGUGACCAACAUGCCAUUCCAUGCACCUCUUCAAAUGACUCCACUCCCAGCUGCCCCAUGGACUGAAGUGAGUGUUGACUUCUGCUCCUUGUCAAAUGGAGAGUACCUGCUUGUCAUUAGCGGUGUGUGGGUAAAAUCACUGGGGGAGCCAAGCCGGGCUUGUUGGAUAUAAAAAACUGUAAAAACACCAGCAAAUCAGCUCAGUGAUUUUAAUUUUCUAAAUAUUUUCCAAAGUAUUCCCACGCAUAUUAGAGAGAUAUAAAGUAUGUGAUCGUAUACAAAUGUAAGCAAGGUUUGAAAUGAUUAUGUUUUAGUCAAAUAUUAUAUCUGUUUGGGCUUCUUGCGGUCAAUUUGCAGUCUACAAAUGAUUUGUAAUUAUGUUCCAGCCCCAUGACAUCCGCUCAAGAAAAACCGUGCCACGGCUGAAUUUUGUUGAUGAUCCCUGACUUACUAAACAACUACUCAUUUAGAACCACUGCGAGUUAAAGCAAAUCAGCACAAAGAAAACAUAAGUUAAUUGACAGCAUGCCAGGGCGGAUUGCAGAGGUCUUGAAAAAGAAGGGUCAACACUGCAAAUAUUGACUCUUAGCGUAAACUUAAUGUAAUUGUCAAUAAAAGCCUUUGACACUUAUGGAAUGCUUGUAAUUAUACUUCAGUAUACCAUAGUAACAUCUGACCAAAAUAUCUAAAAACACUGAAGCAGCGAACUUUGUGAAGACCAAUACUUGUCAUUCUCAAAACUUUUGACCACGACUGUACAAGACUGAAUGUUCUUCAGUAAAAAAAAAAUUGCAACUGUUACUGCUGUUUUAACAAAUGUUGUCUUCUAAUUGUUUUGUCUUUGAGAAGUUAGGAGGAAUGUUUUCAGGUUAAAUGGGGUAAAGACAGAGCAAGAGAGAGAGAGAACGUUUGUGUGUAAUUUAUGUUCAUGUGUGCGUGAGUGCAUGAAUGCCUGUGUGCAUGCUUGUAUGUGUGUGUGCAAGACUUGGCUGGUGUGGCCCUGACUGAACCUUCUGUUUUGGGUGUGGUUUUACAGUCGGCGUGUUUAAACCACCAGUGACUUUGGGUGUUUCUGUCAAGUGGACUGGAGCUGUAUACUGGGGAGCAGAUUGUUGUCAAAGAACCUUGUUUAUCUGAGGUUGCUGUCUGUCACUCCCUCUCGGACCCUCCCAUUUACACACACACACACACACACACAUUGGGUAAUUGGGAGGGUCCGCUGAGACGGACGUUUUAAACGCUGGGUGUCUGCUCUCUGGAAGAGGAGAGAGGACGAAGGAGAGGAAAAACAAGGCUUGCAUAAUAGGGUGGAGACCGAUAUUGAAAAUGGCUGGCAGUGUACAUUGAGAACACACUAACAGCAACAUCAACAGCUCCACCCAGUGUGUGAGAAGAGAUCAGUGGAAUCGGGGUCAGUUUUGGGUGGGGCAGACACAGUCACUGUAGUGAUACAGCCAGAACAUGAGGCACACAGAGCAUUGCAUUGUACUGUACUGUCACUGUGUGUGUGUGUGUGUGUGUGUGUGUUUGUUUUAUGCGUGAUACAGACAGAACAUUGCACUGUACUGUAGAGUCAUUGGGUUUGGUAGUACUUAUGCAAUAGUCCCCUGUAGCUCAGUUGGUAGAGCAUGGCACUUGCAACGCCAGGGUUGUGGGUUCGUUUCCCACGGGGGGCCAGUAUGAAAAUGUAUGCACUCACUAACUGUAAGUCGCUCUGGAUAAGAGUGUCUGGUAAAUGACUAAAAUGUAAACAAACUGUUUUUCUGGUUGGAAAAGCAAUGCAGAGCGAGCCAAAGUACUGUACUGUCCUUUCACUACAGGCACACUAACACAUAGUUGAACGCACACUCAUGUACUGCUUUGUAGGAUUACACAACCUGCCCCCUUAAUAGACACACUAUUGUUAUAUUUUUAUGGAGAGUCACCCUCGUUUUGUAUUUUUAUGCUUUGCUGACAGACAGAUUAAAAACAGUGGGAGAUAGAUGAGGAAGAGACACAGCGCAACUGUAGAUUGAACCCCGGUCUCCUGCAGGGGUCACACAUGUGCAUAGAGCCGGGAGUGUUACCACUGGACCACAGCUCCACACUAUUGUGCUUCUUUGUAGAAUGUGACAUCCGUUCUUUAUGUAUCUGCACUGUGUUGCAGACACGUAAGCGUCCCUAAGUGUCACUAUAUUAGGUGCAAUUUGUUUCAUUCAUUAUUAGUAUUGAUCUUAUUUGUAUACAUGUUGGUUUACAAGGUUUGGUUAGGCUCUUCAAGUUCGUAGAUGGAUGGGCUCAAGAAGUCAUCUUCAUAAUGUCUCUUUGGGAAUUGUUCCUGUAUACGUUCUCUGAACUAGACUGUGUUGAAGUGUAGGAUCAGCAGAAUGAUGGGAGAACAGCUGUCUCUCUCUCUGUGUCUCUGUCUGUCUGUCUCCCUCUCUCCCUCUCACACAUGCACGCACGCAUGCACACACACACACACUCAUGUUGGCCAUCCUCUUUCAGAGAGAGGGGCGUGUACCCUUCCACUCUCAGCUCUGUCUCCGGCAGCAGGUUGCCAUGGAAACUAUGCUUGACUGGAAACAAAAGGCGAAACACGCUGGGGCUCUGCCCACCUCUCCACCAUGCACUCCUCUUUUGUGUCAAUUUCUCUCGCUCCAAAUACACAUUUUCAAAAUAGCAUCUCUACUAAUCAGCCUGUGUAAUUAGGGAGCUUGCUGUAAAUGUAGAUUAUCAGUCUUGGGGGGAAGGAAGAACCUAUAAAGGAAAGCCAGAGACAGAGUUGUAGUUUUAGUAUUGGCUGUGUUUUCUUCCUGCUGUAAUAGUCAGACCUGGGUUCAAAUAUUGACUGGAAUCUUACAAAAUUACUUUGAGCGUUUGCUUGAGUCUGUCAAAUGGUUGGGGUUUGGCACUUUUGGUGACUAUGCCAUUGAUUUAAUUGUGCCAAGCAAUCUCAAUCAAUCACAGUUAAAGGGAUACUGGGACAUUUUUAGAUCAAGGUCAUUUUUCUACUUACCCAGAGUCAGAUGAACUCAUGGAUACCAUUUGUAUGUCUGCAUGCAGUUUGGAAAUAAUUGAAGUUAGCAUAUCUUUAGCUUAGCGCAAUUGCUGGAAGUCUCCAGGUACAGUAGCCAGCUCCUCUCAAAACCAGGGAAAUAGACUUAACUACUCCAAAGUUGGGUGGUUGGUCAGUUAUAUUCAUAGCUAUAUAUAGUAAUCAAUCUUUUAUAAAUGUGUUAAUUUUACUGAGAAACAUAAGAAACGAGAUUCUAUCAACUGCCUCAUUCUGUCCUGUUGUCUGGCCACUGUGUUGACUUGAGCCCACGGUGGAUGAAUGAAAUGUGUACUUCUGAGAAAAUCCUUCCAAGAGGAACUGCAUUUAAAACAAUUAUAAUCAAAAUAUUAUAGGUUCAUAUAUACUUGUCAACAAUACAUUAUAGAAAUUACAGACGCGAUGAUAGGUACGCGCACACACACAGGGCAUUUGCAUCCCUCGCCUUUGCAACCAUGAAAAUAAUUGAAUAUGACAAAUAGUUACACAUAAUACAUGCAUGUUUUCAUUUAUAUUUAACUGUUUAUCACUGAUAAAGCAUAAAUAAAGUCCUUUACACUGCACAACUUUAUUUGUAUACAGUCUUUAAAGUGCUUAGGGUAGCCUUUCCCAAACUCGUCCUAGGGACCACAAGGGCUGAACGUUUUGGUUCUUACCCUAUCACUACACCAGUGGUGGUCGGUGCCGUUUAAGAUGAGGGAGGACAGCACAUUCUUUUAUGAGCAUGGCCUUAUUUCUAUUACAGCAUAUUGGAUGACUGUCAUUCAUAUCCCAUUCACCCAGCUCAAUGUAACAUUGAUAGGUUUAGGCUACUACAUGAUACUCGAAUUUUCCCUAUACCCAUCAUGAGGUUGCUACAACCUAGCCUAUGAAUGACAGACAUUGACAUAUUCAACACCCCCUUGCACACUCUUGCCUGCAUCUAGCUGAUCUAGGGUGUAAUCAUUAGUUACAAAUGAGAAUUUCUAUUGGACAAAUUCAGCUAUGUUUAUCCCCGUUUUGUUCCGUUUAAGAUUUAUUUUUCAACAGAAUCGGCGGAAUUAAUACACCCCUGAUCCUACGCAAACACAGUUCACCUUCAUAGCAGCCACAUACAUACAGCAUCAUCCUUUGAUCUUUGUAUAAUUUAUUCUCGCAUCUACACACUCUCUUCCUCUCACCUUUUCCCUUCACUUGUGGCCCUGUGUAGCUCAGUUGGUAGAGCAUGGCACUUGCAACGCCAGGGUUGUGGGUUCGUUUCCCACGGGGGGCCAGUAUGAAAAUGUAUGCACUCACUAACUAAAUGACUAAAAUGUAAAUGUUAAUGUCAUCAUUGCACAACACAUCAGCUGUCUGUGACGGGGCGAAAAAACCUUUCCAAGCCAAACCUUCAUAUCAUAACCGCUACACACAGCCUACUUUGUUGUCAACAAUAUUAUAACAUCAUAGUCGACUAAGCUACUAGAACUAGCGUGUUAGUAAACCCGCUACAAUCAUACAGUACAGUAAAAAGAGUUUAGCAGUUAUAGUUGUAUCUAAAAAGGAUAACUUUUUAAAUGUUUCACUAUUUACAUUUUUCUUCAAUUUUACGGAGGAUGAUCCUCCGCUUCCUCCCCUGAGGAACCUCCAUUGCACUACACAGCUGAAUCAAAUUAUCAAAGCUUGAUGAUUAGUUUAUUAUUUGAAUCAGUUGUGUUGUGCUAGGGCAAAAAACAAAACGUGCACCCCUUGGGGUCCAGAGGACCAAGUUUCAGAAACCCUGGCUUAGGGUAAGCACAUUUUCUUGUCCCAGUAGUGAUGAAUUGAGUUGUAGUGACAUGUUUCGGGAUUUAAAGCUAGAAUCCUAAAUUCAAAUAAUGACAAAGCAUUUUUCACUGCCAGUUUCGCUAAAAAGCUAAGUGAUGGGGCUGGAGAAAUGUAACCACUCAAAUUCAUAGAUGUGUGUGUGUAUGUGUGUGUAUAUAUAUAUAUAUAUAUAUAUAUAUAUAUAUAUGUAUGGAUGGAUGGAUGGAUGGAUGGAUGGAUGGAUGGAUGGAUGGAUGGAUGGAUGGAUGUAUGGAUGGAUGGAUGGAUGGAUGGAUGGAUGGAUGGAUGGAUGGAUGGAUGGAUGGAUGGAUGGAUGGAGUGAGGGAAAAAAGUAUUUCAUCCCCUGCUGAUUUUGAACGUUUGCCCACUGACAAUGGAAUGAUCAGUCUAUAAUGUUAAUGGUAGGUUUAUUUGAGCAGUGAGAGACAGAAUAACAACAAAAAAAUCCAGAAAAACGCAUGUCAAAAAUGUUAUAAAUUGAUUUGCAUUUUAAUGAGGGAAAUAUGUAUUUGACCCCUCUGCAAAACAUGACUUAGUACUUGGUGACAAAACCCUUGUUGGCAAUCACAGAGGUCAGACGUUUCUUGUAGUUUGCCACCAGGUUUGCACACAUCUCAGGACGGAUUUUGUCCCACUCCUCUUUGCAGAUCUUCUCCAAGUCAUUAAGGUUUCGAGGCUGAUGUUUGGCGACUCGAACCUUCAGCUCCCUCCACAGAUGUUCUAUGUGAUUAAGGUCUGGAGACUGGCUAGGCCACUCCAGGACCGUAAUGUGCUUCUUCUUGAGCCACUCCUUUGUUGCCUUUUUCAAUGCCCUGGCUGAGGGAAGGAGGUUCUCACCCAAGAUUUGACGGUACAUGGCCCCGUCCAUCGUCCCUUUGAUGCGGUGAGGUUGUCCUGUCCCCUUAGCAGAAAAACACCCCCAAAGCAUAAUGUUUCCACCUCCAUGUUUGACGGUGGGGAUGGUGUUCUUGGGGUCAUAGGCAGCAUUCCUCCUCCUCCAAACACGGCGAGUUGAGUUGAUGCCAAAGAGCUCGAUUUUGGUCUCAUCUGACCACAACCCUUUCACCCAGUUCUCCUCUGAAUCAUUCAGAUGUUCAUUGGCAAACUUCAGACAGGCAUGUAUAUGUGCUUUCUUGAACAGGGGGACCUUGCGGGCGCUGCAGGAUUUCAGUCCUUCACGGCGUAGUGUGUUACCUAUUGUUUUCUUGGUGACUAUGGUCCCAGCUGCCUUGAGAUCAUUGACAAGAUCCUCCCGUGUAGUUCUGGGCUGAUUCCUUCUUUGUCAGUGGGCAAACAAACAAAAUCAGCAGGGGAUCAAAUACUUUUUUCCCUCACUGUAUAAAGUUGACGUCGAAAGUUUACAUACACUUAGGUUGAAGUCAUUAAAACUCGUUUUUCAACCACUCCACAAAUUUAUUUUGAACAAAAUAUAGUUUUGGCAAGUCGGUUAGGACAUCUACUUUGUGCAUGACGCAAGUAAUUUUUCGAACAAAUGUUUACAGACAGAUUAUUUCACUUAUAAUUCACUGUAUCAAAAUGCCAGUGGGUCAGAAGUUUACAUACACUAAGUUGACUGUGCCUUUAAACAGCUUGGAAAAUUCCAGAAAAAAAUGUCAUGGCUUUAGAAGCUUCUGAUAGACUAAUUGACAUAAUUUGAGUCAAUUGGAGGUGUACCUGUGGAGGUAUUUCAAGGCCUACCUUCAAACUCAGUGUCUCUUUGCUUGACAUCAUGGGAAAAUCAAAAGAAAUCAGCCAAGACCUCAGAAAACAAAUUGUAGACCUCCACAAGUCUGGUUCAUCCUUGGGAGGAAUUUCCAAACAUCUGAAGGUACCACGUUUCACUGUACAAACAAUAGUAUUCAAGUAUAAAUACCAUGGGACCACGCAGCCGUCAUACCGCUCUCCUAGAGAUUAACGUACUUUGGUGCGAUAAGUGCAAAUCAAUCCCAGAACAACAGCAAAGGACCUUGUGAAGAUGCUGGAGGAAACAGGUACAAAAGUAUCUAUAUCCACAGUAAAACGAGUCCUAUAUCAACAUAACCUGUAAGGCGGCUCAGCAAGGAAGAAGCCACUGCUCCAAAACCCCCAUAAAAAAGCCAGACUACGGUUUGCAACUGCACAUGCGGACAAAGAUCGUAGUUUUUGGAGAAAUGUCCUCUGGUCUGAUGAAACAAAAAUAGAACUGUUUGGCCAUAAUGACCAUCAUUAUGUUUGGAGGAAAAAGGGGGUAUUUGCAAACCGAAGAACACCAUCCCAACCGUGAUGCACGGGGGUGGCAGCAUCAUGCUGUGGGGGUGCUUUGCUGCAGGAGGGAUUGGUGCACUUCACAAAAUAGAUGGCAUCAUGAGGAAGGAAAAUUAUGUGGAUAUAUUAAAGCAACAUCUCAAGACAUCAGUCAGGAAGUUAAAGCUUGGUCGCAAAUGGGUCUUCCAAAUGGACAAUGACCCCAAGCAGACUUCCAAAGUUGUGGCAAAAUGGCUUAAGGACAACAAAGUCAAGGUAUUGGAGUGGCCAUCACAAAGCCCUGACCUCAAUCCUAUAGAACAUUUGUGGGCAGAACUGAAAAAGCGUGUGCAAGCAAGGAGGCCUACAAACCUGACUCAGUUACACCAGCUCUGUCAGGAGGAAUGGGCCAAAAUUCACCCAACUUAUUGUGGGAAGCUUGUGGAAGGCUACCCGAAACAAAUAAGGCAAUGCUACCAAGUACUAUGAUUGUAUGUAAACUUCUGACCCACUGGGAAUGUGAUGAAAUAAAUAAAAGCUGAAAUAAAUAAACUAUUAUUCUGACAUUUCACAUUAUUAAAAUAAAGUGGUGAUCCUAACUGACAUAAGACAGGGAAUGUUUACUAGGAUUAAAUGUCAUGAAUUGUGAAAAACUGAGUUAAAUGUAUUUGGCUAAGGUGUAUGUAAACAUCCGACUUCAACUUUAACUGUAAAUCAACCAUACACUAACACUAUCUACAUACAAUUAACAAACCAAUCAGUAAUUAGAAAUGUAGCGAGUAGUGAAGCGGGUCACCUCCUCCAGAACCUUCUUAAAGCGUGCUCACAUCUGGGGGUGUCGCAUUGGAGGGAGAUAAUGGCAGGUUUCCAGUAGAACAUCAUGCUAUUACAAUAUUGAGAAAAGGGUAAAUGUACAAAAAAUAUGUUAUUCUGUACUUACUUUGAUUGGGGUUGUACUGUACUUUCAAAUGUAUUGGCAGAUUACAGGUGGAUAUUCUUGGUCUAGAAAAUGUGGUAAAAAAAAAACAUUAGCAGAUCUACACUGAAACAAAUAACGCUUUGUAAAUGAUAGACAUUAAAUCAUAGGACUGGAUGGUUUUAAAUACUAACGUUAAUUAGCUAGCUAGAUAGUUAUUCUACUCAUCAAGGCCUUUUAAAAUAGGAAGUCAACAUGGCUGUUUACAACUAGCAGUAGACAACUAGCUAGGAAUCGUAGCUAAGACUUGAAUGUCUCUCUGGUUGAUAACAUUAACUAGAUAGGAAAAAGAACAGUGCAUUCAGAUAAGUAUUCAGACCCUUUGACUUUUCCCACAUUUUGUUAUGUUACAGCCUUAUUCUAAAAUAGAUUAAAUAAAUAAAAAAUACUCAUCAAUCUACACACAAUACCCCAUAAUGACAAAGCGAAAACAGGUUUUUAUAAAUUUUAGCAAAUUAAAAUGAUAAUUUACAUAAGUAUUCAGACCCUUUGCUAUGAGACUCGAAAUUGAGCUCAGAUGCAUCCUGUUACCAUUGAUCAUCCUUGAGAUGUUUCUACAACUUGAUUGGAGUCCACAUGUGGUAAAUUCAAUUGAUUGAACAUGAUUUGGAAAGGCAAACACCUGUUGAUCCCACAGUUGACAGUACAUAUCAGAGCAAAAACCAAGCCAUGAGGUUGAAGGAAUUGUCCAUAGAGCCCCGAGACAGGAUUGUGUCAAGGCACAGAUCUGGGAAAAGGUACCAAAGAAUGUCUGCAGCAUUGAAGGUCCCCAAUAAGAGUGACCUCCAUCAUUCUUAAAUGGAAGAAGUUUAAACCACCAAGACUCUUCCUAGAGCUGACUGCCCGGCCAAACUGAGCACUUGGGGGAGAAGGGCCUUGGUCAGGGAGGUGACCAAGAACCCGAUGGUCACUCUGACAGAGCUCCAGAGUUCCUCUGUGGAGAUGGGAGAACUUUCCAGGAGGACAACCAUCUCUGCAGCACUCCAACAAUUAGCCCUUUAUGGUAGCGUGGCCAUACGGAUGCCACUCCUCAGUAAAAGGCACGACAGCCCGAUUAGAGUUUGCCAAAAGGCACCUAAAGGACUCUCAGACAAUGAGAAACAAUAUUCUUUGGUCUGAUGAAACAAAGAUUGAACUCUUUGGCCUGAAUGCCAAGUGUCACGUCUGGAGGAAAUCGGGCAUCAUCCCUACGGUGAAGCAUGGUGGUGGAAGCAUCAUGCCAAGAGUGUGCAAAGCUGUCAUAAAGGCAAAGGGUGUCUACUCUUUUGGUUACUACUUGAUUCCAUAUGUGUUAUUUCAUGGUUUUGAUGUCUUCACUAUUAUUCUACAAUGUAGAAAAUAGUAAAAAUAAAGAAAAACCCUUGAAUAAGCAGGUGUGUCCAAACUUUUGGCUGGUACUGUAAAUAACAAAAAUCUUGCGGAUCUUAAUUUCCACAAUUAACAAAUAAUAUGCAUAAUAAUUUAGGCAGUUCAUGCGAAGGAUUGUUACAUAUAACCAGGAUUGCCAUUAUAAAAAUUACAUUUUUGGCAAGCAAUUAUAGGUUUAGCAAACAAUUAUUGUGAUUCAUCCUAUAUUGUCCGUAACAUCAUUACCCUAUAGCAACAGAUGUGGGAUACACACACACACACACACACACACACACACACACACACACACACACACACACACACACACACACACACACACACACACACACACACACACACACACACACACACACAGACACUCAUACACACUCCUCACCCUCCCCCCACAAACAACCACAAGCUCAGAUGUUAAACAUUUGUUCCAUUCCCGAGACUAACUCAAGAAAGAUCUUGAUGUGCGAAUGCAUAUACAGUUGUAGCUGUUUGAGAAGGCAUGCAAAAUUGAGCAAGAAUGGGGAGAUUUGAUUAACCAAUAUCAAGUCCUAGCUGAUGGCUCUCAGAUACACCCCCCUACCCUGAAACACAUACACGCUGGUCCCCCUUUGUGACCAUUUUCCCAAGCAUCUCUGUGCAGUCAGACAUUAUUAUUAUUUAAUUUGCCCCCUUUCUGUUUGUCCGAGUGUGACCCCGUCCCCAGUGCCAGCACUCCCACUACCUGGGUGGGGGCACCCCACCGGAAUCCCCACCAGCUAAAGUUGUCAAGGUUCUCAUUAGCAGCUUUGAGAAAUUCCUUGUAUAUUAUGCUUACCCAUCGAGGGGCUUUGGCUUUGUAGGACCAACCCUGCCAGGCAGGCUCAGAAUCUUGAUUGGGCGGUGCUGCUUUAGUGUGUCUCUGACCGCAUGUACCUUUCUGUUUUUGCUGCAUAUAGGCUUCUUGCAGUAGGCCUAUAAAACACAUAAGGACUUCUCCUUAGUGUACAGUGGGGAAAAAAAGUAUUUAGUCAGCCACCAAUUGUGCAAGUUCUACCACUUAAAAAGAUUAGAGAGGCCUGUAAUUUUCAUCAUAGGUACACGUCAACUAUGACAGACAAAAUAAGGAAAAAAAUAUCCAGAAAAUCACAUUGUAGGAUUUUUAAUGAAUUUAUUUGCAAAUUAUGGUGGAAAAUAAGUAUUUGGUCAAUAACAAAAGUUUCUCAAUACUUUGUUAUAUACCCUUUGUUGGCAAUGAAACAGGUCAAAAGUUUUCUGUAAGUCUUCACAAGGUUUUCACACACUGUUGCUGGUAUUUUGGCCCAUUCCUCCAUGCAGAUCUCCUCUAGAGCAGUGAUGUUUUGGGGCUGUCGCUGGGCAACACGGACUUUCAACUCCCUCCAAAGAUUUUCUAUGGGGUUGAGAUCUGGAGACUGGCUAGGCCACUCCAGGACCUUGAAAUGCUUCUUACGAAGCCACUCCUUCGUUGCCCGGGCGGUGUGUUUGGAAUCAUUGUCAUGCUGAAAGACCCAGCCACGUUUCAUCUUCAAUGCCCUUGCUGAUGGAAGGAGGUUUUCACAAAAAAUCUCACGAUACAUGGCCCCAUUAAUUAUUUCCUGUACACGGAUCAGUCGUCCUGGUCCCUUUGCAGAAAAACAGCCCCAAAGCAUGAUGUUUCCACCCCCAUGCUUCACAGUAGGUAUGGUGUUCUUUGGAUGCAACAAAGGAUUCUUUGUCCUCCAAACACGACGAGUUGAGCUUUUUACCAAAAAGUUCUAUUUUGGUUUCAUCUGACCAUAUGACAUUCUCCCAAUCCUCUUCUGGAUCAUCCAAAUGCACUCUAGCAAACUUCAGACGGGCCUGGACAUGUACUGGCUUAAGCAGGGGGACACGUCUGCCACUGCAGGAUUUGAGUCCCUGGCGGCGUAGUGUGUUACUGAUGGUAGGCUUUGUUACUUUGGUCCCAGCUCUCUGCAGGUCAUUCACUAGGUCCCCCCGUGUGGUUCUGGGAUUUUUGCUCACCGUUCUUGUGAUCAUUUUGACCCCACGGGGUGAGAUCUUGCGUGGCACCCCAGAUCGAGGGAGAUUAUCAGUGGUCUUGUAUGUCUUCCAUUUCCUAAUAAUUGCUCCCACAGUUGAUUUCUUCAAACCAAGCUGCUUACCUAUUGCAGAUUCAGUCUUCCCAGCCUGGUGGAGGUCUACAAUUUUGUUUCUAGUGUCCUUUGACAGCUCUUUGGUCUUGGCCAUAGUGGAGUUUGGAGUGUGACUGUUUGAGGUUGUGGACAGGUGUCUUUUAUACUGAUAACAAGUUCAAACAGGUGCCAUUAAUACAGGUAACGAGUGGAGGACAGAGGAGCCUCUUAAAGAAGAAGUUACAGGUCUGUGAGAGCCAGAAAUCUUGCUUGUUUGUAGGUGACCAAAUACUUAUUUUCCACCAUCAUUUGCAAAUAAAUUCAUAAAAAAUCCUACAAUGUGAUUUUCUGGAAUUUUGUUCUUCUCAAUUUGUCUGUCAUAGUUGACGUGUACCUAUGAUGAAAAUUACAGGCCUCUCUCAUCUUUUUAAGUGGGAUAACUUGCACAAUUGGUGGCUGACUAAAUACUUUUUUUCCCCACUGUAUGUGGUCGCUCAGGUGGGUGUCUAGGGUAUAGCGUUGGGGACCGUUCCAUCAUGAUAGGACAAUAAAUAAAUAAAAUAUAUUUAUUUUAAAAUGUAUAUCCCAUAUCUGUACAGAAUUGAAUGCUCUCUCUGUCACAACUCCUGCUCGCAGACACACAUGGGCUCUGGCAUUAGCAAAGUUCUUUAAUGUCCGUUUCAAUCGUAUUGACUGUACCUUUUAGCCUGUUUGUUUCUUUCUCCAUUGUCACAGCUUUUUCGUCUCAUUCAUCUCAAGCCUUCAACUCCAUUAUAUCUUUACUGACUAGUUCAAGUGUGCCCAGUUUAUCAUUUAUCGACUUUAGCAAGUCAGUUUCCACACUUACUUUCCCGGUGGUGAAAUGCAUAAAUCGUCUGUGUCCAUCGAGGAGUCGCGGAACUGACUUGUUGGAAUGGUGGCAUCCUAUGACGGUGCCACGUUGAAAGUCACAGCUCUUCAGUAAGGACAUUCUACUGCUAAUGUUUGUCUAUGGAGAUCGCAUGGCUGUGCAAUUUAUUUUACACCUGUCAGCAACGGGUGUGGCUGAAAUAGCUGAAUCCACUAAUUUGAAGGGAUGUCCACUUACUUUUGCAUAUAUACUGUAGUGUACUUUACAAACCAUAAUGAAUGCAAUUAAUACAAUGCAAUUCUUAAGAAUAUAGUAAUGACAUGCAUUGCUAAAUUCUAUUAAACAGCUUCAGAAUACGCAAAGGUAGCAGCAGGUAGCCUUGCAGUUAGAUCGUUGUGCCAGUAACCGAAUGGUUACUUUUUAAAAUCCAUAAACCGACAAGGUGAAACAUCUGUUGAUGUGCCCUUGAGCAAGGCACUUAACCUUAAUUGCUCCAGUUUGCCGUUAAUAGUGGCAGACCCUGGCUGUGACCACACUGUCCGAGGGUGUCUCUGGGAGAGUUGGGACAUGCAAAAAACACAUUUUCAAUUCACACAUAAGUAUUAAUACACACCAUGUGUGAAAUAGGACAAAUAAAAGCACCCAACAUUUUUUUAAUUAAUUGUUUCAUUAUAAAUAGCCUAUUAAUAUCUGCAUAUAGUGAGAAAGCAUGCCAAACCUAUAGGCCCUGCAACACUCCAAUGCUUUAAAAACUAGAUUUUUUGCCAAAUGGCCCCGGUUGUGCUAGUGAGAAAAAAAGUUAGCGUUGGACCCUGUCAUAGCCUAUGAAUAGGAGUUUUACCUGACCAGGUCAUGACAUCAGGAAAAACUCCAGGCCCAAGGAAAGACGCGUACACAUUUUGCCACACCACUUUUUAACCUGUGGUGCCGCCUCUGCUUUAAAUACUAUAACUUAUAAAUGUCUCAAGAGCAUAGCGUAACUGUCUUACCCUAUCAUAACCCAAAAUAUAAGGUUACAUUACUCCAUUGUUUAUAACAGGAACAAAAUCUAUGUAUAGCUUCAAAACAUGUUCAAAAGCUGUCAACAACCUUGUCCAUUUCCCAUCUUAUUAGGCUUAUGUGUUAGCCUUGGACAAAUGUAGGGUUAAGGAGCGGUUUCGAGGACACAGAUUACACUUAGUCCUGGACUAUAAAUAAUUUUGGCUGGAGAUUUUCUAUUGAUCUUGGUUUUUAGUCCAGGACUAGGAUUAAUCUAUGUCCAGGAAAACCUCCACAUAAUGUUUAAAUGAGUGAAAUGGGAUUAUGUCUUACAUGAAAAAACAUGUUUACAUGACCAAGUACAUUAAUGGGGUAAAUCUACUCUAAGAGUAAGUAUUAGGCUGUUUGAGAGAAGGUUUGAAUCCUAAUCAACACAUCCAAUGUGAGUACAUCUGUUGUUGAAGUACAGUAGAUCAAUAAAGAUACAGUACUCUAGCACUAGUCAAGCUGCUUAUGCUGAAAAGCCUUGUUAGUGCAUAGGUCAAAUUAGCUUUUGAAUUUCCUGUCUUUUUCGGUUUAAGACAAAAGCUAAUAUUUCACAUAAACCAUCGUUUUUUUGUAUUAAUAGAGUACAAAGUGCUAACCACCCAACUUUGGAAUAGCUAGAAGGUCUAGUUCUCUGGUUUUGAGAGGAGCUGGCUAUUGUAGCUGCAGACUUCCAGCAAAUUGCACUAAGCUAACAAUAUGCUAACUUCAAUUAUCUCCAAACUGCACGCCAAGACAUAACAAUUUUAUCCAUGAGUUAAUCUGACUCUGGGUAAGUAGAAAAACGCUAUCCCUUUAAAGUAUUUGCAAGGGUUUGAUUAAUAUUUGAUCGCAGUUCAGGUACUAACACCAUGUCUGUCUCCUGGCUCCAGACCUGUGUUAUUAGAGACCAUUAUGGCCACUGUCUGAUCUGCUCUGAGACAGCAGCUGAGCUAGUAGAUUGGGUAGAGAGAGUAGCAUCAAGAUACAGUGCAUUCGGAAAGUAUUCAGACCCCUUGACUUUUUCCACAUUUUGUUAAGUUACAGCCUUAUUCAACAAUGGAUAUAUUAUUUUUUUAUCCUCAUCAAUCUACACACAAUACCCCAUAACGACGAAGCAAAAACAGGCUUUUAGAAGUUUUGCAAAUGUAUUAAAAAUAAAACAGAUACCUUAUUUACAUAAGUGUUCAAAACCUUUGCUAUCAGACAAAACAUUUAGCUCAGGUGCAUCCUGUUUCCAUUGAUCAUCCUGUUUCUACAACUUGAUUGGAGUCCACCUGUGGUAAAUUCAAUUGAUUGGACAUGAUUUGGAAAGGCACACACCUGUCUAUAUAAGGUCCCACAGUUGAGUGUCAGCACAAAGACCAAGCCAUGAGGUCGAAGGAAUUGUUCGUAGAGCUCCGAGACAGGAUUGUGUUGAGGCACAGAUCUGGCAAAGGUCAACCCCACAGCAUGAUGCUGCCAACACUAUGCUUCACCGUAGGGAUGGUGCCAGGUUUCCUGCAGACGUGACGCUUGGCAUUCAGGCCAAAGAGUUCAAUCUUGGUUUCAUCAGACCAGAGAAUCAUGUGUCUCAUGGUCUGAGAUUCUUUAGGUGCCUUUUGGCAAACUCCAAGUGGGCUUGUCAUGUGCCUUUUACUGAGGAGUGGCUUCCGUUUGGCCACGCUACCAUAAAGGCCUGAUUGGUGGAGUGCUGCAGAGAUUGAUGUCCUUCUGGAAGAUUCUCACGUCUCCACAGAGGAACUCUAGAAAUCUGUCAGACUGACCAUCGGGUUCUUGGUCACCUCCCUGACCAGGGCCAACUCCCCCGAUUGCUCAGUUUGGCCGGGCGGCCAGCUCUAGGAAGAGUCUUGGUGGUUCCAAACUUCUUCCAUUUAAGAAUUAUGGAGGCCACUGUGUUCUUGUGGACCUUCAAUGCUGCAGACAUUUGUUGGUACCCUUCCCCAGAUCUGUGCCUCGACAAAAUCCUGUCUUAGAUUCCUUUCCAAAUCAUGUCCAAUCAAUUGAAUUUACCACAGGUGGACUCCAAUCAAGUUGUAGAAACAUCUCAAGGAUGAUCAAUGGAAACAGGAUGCACCUGAGCUCAAUUUCGAGUCUCAUAGCAAAGUGUCUGAAUACUUAAGUAAAAAUGUAUAAAAACCUGUUUUCGCUUGAUCAUUAUGGGGUAUUAUUUUGUGUACAGUCGUGGUCAAAUGUUUUUGAGAAUGACACAAGUAUUGGUCUUCACAAAGUUCGCUGCUUCAGUGUUAUGAGAUAUUUUUGUCAGAUGUUGCUAUGGUAUACUGAAGGAUAAUUACAAGCAUUCCAUAAGUGUCAAAUACUUUUAUUUACAAUUACAUUAAGUUUAUGCAAAGAGUCAAUAUUUGCAGUGUUGACCCUUCUUUUUCAAGACCUCUGCAAUCUGCUCUGGCAUGCUGUCAAUUAACUUCUGGGCCACAUCCUGACUGAUGGCAGCCCAUUCUUGCAUAAUCAAUGCUUGGAGUUUGUCAGAAUUUGUGGGUUUUUGUUUGUCCACCCGCUUCUUGAGGAUCAACCACAAGUUCUCAAUGGGAUUAAGGUCUGGGGAGUUUCCUGGUCAUGGACCCAAAAUCUCGAUGUUUUGUUCCCCGAGCCACUUAGUUAUCACUUUUGCCUUAUGGCAAGGUGCUCCAUCAUGCUGGAAAAGGCAUUGGUCGUCACCAAACUGUUCUUGUAUGAUUGGGAGAAGUUGCUCUCAGACGAUGUGUUGGUACCAUUCUUUAUUCAUGGCUGUGUUCUUAGGCAAAAUUGUGAGUGAGCCCACUCCCUUGGCUGAGAAGCAACCCCACACAUGAAUGGUCUCAGGAUGCUUUACUGUUGGCAUGACACAGGACUGAUGGUAGCUCUCACCUUGUCUUUUCCGGAUGCCCCAAACAAUCGGAAAGGGGAUUAAUCCGAGAAAAUGACUUUAUCCCAGUCCUCAGCAGUCCAAUCCCUGUACCUUUUGCAGAAUAUCAGUCUGUCCCUGAUGUUUUUCCUGGAGAGAAGUGGCUUCUUUGCUGCCCUUCUUGACACCAGGCCAUCCUCCAAAAAUCUUUGCCUCACUGUGCGUGCAGUUGCACUCACACAUGCCUGCUGCCAUUCCUGAGCAAGCUCUGCACUGGUGGUGCCCUGAUCCCGCAGCUGAAUCAACUUUAGGAGACGGUCCUGGCGCUUGCUGGACUUUCUUGGGUGCCCUGACGCCUUCUUCACAACAAUUGAUCCUCUCUCCUUGAAGUUCUUGAUGAUCCGAUAAAUGGUUGAUUUAGGUGCAAUCUUACUAGCAGCAAUAUCAUUGCCUGUGAAGCCCUUUUUGUGCAAAGCAAUGAUGACGGCACGUGUUUCCUUGCAGGUAACCAUGGUUAACAGAGGAAGAACAAUGAUUUCAAGCACCACCCUCCUUUUAAAGCUUCCAGUCUGUUAUUCUAAGUCAAUCAGCAUGACAGAGUGAUCUCCAGCCUUGUCCUCGACAACACUCUCACCUGUGUUAACGAGAGAAUGACUGACAUGAUGGCAGCUGGUCCUUUUGUGGCAGGGCUGAAAUGCAGUGGAAAUAUUUUUUGGGGAUUAAGUUCAUUUUCAUGACAAAGAGGGACUUUGCAAUUAAUUGCAAUUCAUCUGAUCACUCUUCAUGACAUUCUGGAGUAUAUGCAAAUUGCCAUCAUCAAAACUGAGGCAGCAGACUUUGUGAAAAUUAGUAUUUGUGUCAUUCUCAAAACUUUUGACCACGACUGUAGAUUGUUGAGGAUUUGUAUUUAUUUAAUCCAUUUUAGAAUAAGGCUGUAACGUAACAAAAUGUGGAAAAUGUCAAGGGGUCUGAAUACUUUCCGAAGGCACUGUAUGUGUGUGAACAACAGGCACAGCUCCGAUAUGAAGUUUUUUGUUGUUGUUGUUGCCGAAAUGCCACGUGUGUCCACUUAUGUCAGUGCAUUCGUAAUAACCAAACCAUCACGAAACUUCAAAUUAACCUUCUGUAGCAAAUUAGCAAUUACAUUUUUUUGUUGACCAAAUUCGACACUCUCUCAUUGAUUUCUUUGGACAUAUUUGGGGUGGAGUAAACCCUCUCGCUUCGCGUCUACCUCUAUGGUACUAUGCUUAGCUAGAGAAUGGGCAAUGAAAAGAGAUUUCACAGGUAGAAUUGAGCUUUGUAACUGAGGGAAGUUAAACUGUGGAUAAUCAGGGAUGGACAACUUAAUUCCUAUUGUGGGGAGUGCAGGCUUUUGUUCCAGCCCAGCACUAAAACAACUAUCCGUGGUCUAGAAUGAAGACCAUGCACACACUGUGUUCCCUGUUACCCACCGCAGGAUUACACAGUGAGAAAAGCUCCGUUUUCAAAAGUAAGCCUGUGUUCUUUUGUUAAAUAGCAGAAAACAAAUAAUUCAGUCAAAAUUAAUUCUGGUUAUUGACUAUGGCAAUAUCAUCUAUAGGAAUGCAGCUGCCACUGUAUUGAAGCCAUUGGACACCGUUUAUCAUAGCGCAUUGCACUUUAUUACGGGCGAUAGGUUCAGUACACAUCAUUGCAUUUUGUAUCAGAAAGUAGGCUGUCUGUCUUUGAAGUCUCGUAGAUCGAUGCAUUGCGCUCUUUUGUCUAUAAAGCCCUCUUGCAUAAACUUCCGGCAUACCUUACCUCAUUGUUAACCUUCAGACUUAUAAGUUACCAGACCCGGACUCAGGGAUGGCUAACCCUGGAGAUCCCUCCAAUCUUCAACGAGUUAGGUAAAUCUUCUUUGAGUUUUUUUGCUCCUCUCAUGUGGAAUUGUCUCCAAAACUCCUUAAAAUCUUGGGCAAUUCAGGUGGAUGUUAGAGGGCCUUUUGUACUGAAGAAUGUGUUUGUUUGAUAUGAUUGUGUUUUGCUUUUUGUGUUUUAUGUUUGCUUUUCAUGUGUAAUGGAUGAGUAUACCAAACAUUAGGAACCCCUUCCUAAUAUUCAGUUGCACCCCGUGUGUAUCAAGAAUGGUGGUGGACCAUUCUUGAUACACCGGAACUGAUACACAAGGGAAACUGUUGAGCAUUAAAACACCUACUACCAUACCCUGUUCAAAGGCACUUCAAUCUUUUGUCUUGCCCAUUCACCCUCUGAAUGGCACACAUACACAAUCCAUGUCUCAAUUGUCUCAAGGCUCAAAAUCUUUAUUUAACCUGUCUCCUCCCCUUCAUCUACACUGAUUGAAAUGGAUUUAACAAGUGACAUCAAUAAUGGAUCAUAGCUUUCACCUGGUAAGUCUAUGUCAUGGAAAGUAUGUUUUGUAUACUCAGUGUAGCUAUGGAUAGUGUCAUUGUUGUUUAUUGAUGUGUUCAUGCAGAGUGAAGAGACCGUAGUCUCAACAUGACUCCCUGCUUAAGGUUAAAUCCAAUAUUUUCAUACCUCACAGAUACGCGAUAUGCAAAAAAACGUAAUAUUUUGUUUCAAUCUUUUAAGCUUUUGAGAGAUGCCUGCUGUAGGAGAGAUAGACAGUGUUUUUUUGUUUUUUUUUCUAAAGCUCAUCCAACAUGUACCGUAGACACACCAUAGAGAUAGAUGGAGGACUCAACUUGGAUGUAACCUGUUUUAGUAUGGAAAUUGUUAUUGAGGGCUUCCACCAUUUUAAAGUAGUCAACUGGGUGGGAUUCCUAUGGGUUGGGACGGAGAGGAAGAGGCGAAUUGAGAGGAUUUACUCCGGCCAAAAUCUGUCCGCGAGAGAGAAGCCCUUUUUUGUAUGGAGGUCUAUGAGACAGUAUGGAAUUACACUAGGCUUAUUUGAUCAAAUAUAAGUUUAGUAAUGUUUAGGGCUGUUACAAAUGUACUGAUAUAAGUGGAUGCACGUGGCAUUCCGGCAACUUUGAGAAAAACAACUUAGUGAUGAGACCUGUUAUGCACACGCUUAUCUGCCUUCUCAUUGGCAAGAAUGGUCCCACCUGACCUCACUUGCCUUCACUCAUUGAGUGUAUUUCCAUUGUUAGAGAGUUGCUUGGCUAUCUUGUCAAUGUAAUAGAUCACUGGUGUAGACAGACAUUAAUUGGUGGGUGGGCCUGCAGAAAAUGGGUGGGAAAGUAGCUAACGUCCUGCAAUUUUGCCAUGGUGCAAAGAGAUAAAUGUGCGGUUUUAUAACUAAUUUUAUGCUAUUCUCAUUUUGCCAUGACGCUGAGAGAAAAUAUUCCUGUUUCAAAGCAGAUUUCCUGCAAUUCUACACAUUUUGCCAUGGGGCAGAGGAAAAUGUGCAGUUUGAUAGCUCAUCUCAUGCUAUUCUACACAUCUCGCCAUGAGUCUGAAAGAACAUUUGGCAUUUUUAAAGCUAAUUAAAGCUAAAAUAUAGGUGUGUGAUAAAGGCACUGGAUUAUAAACUGUCUUUUUUGCUGAAUGAAUAAAUGAAAUAGGCAAUGGCAUGGUGCAUAUAGCCAUAGAAGCACAGUGACAUAUGCCUUAAUACAGUCAUAUUCGUGACAUAUUGGGUGUGUGGCUUUCAGUUAGUUCUUUUUGGCAAACCAUCCCGUGAGACUGAAUGUCAUUCCAGUUCAUCUGUUCUGUUACAUUUCAUCAAAUCUGACUAACCCAGUCCACUGCUUGCUAUGAAUUCUAUCUGAUGGUGUUUGCAUGUUUAGGUAAAAAGACACAUAAUGUCCCGUUUAUAACACUGACAAGUAUUACAAAUAAAAAUAUGUUUUGCUCAAUCUGAUUGGGUGGGCCUGGCUCCUGUGCCUAUGACCCUGUAAUAGAUCAUCGUUGGUUGUCUUCUCUUUCAAAUUGGGUGCUUUGGUUUGUAAAUGGCUUUAACACCGCCAUCUAUUGGCCACAAUAACUGAGUGAAACAAAGUGAAACAGGUGGCUGUAAAUCACCAUCAUAAGCUUUACACUUUUUUCAAACACAAAAGAAGUUGACUACUUUAAAAUGGAGAAUGGCACUGCCCAUGCUGUCAGACGCCAUAAUAGCACAAAUGCAAUGAUGAGACCUCUUUCCAUCUCUAUAAUACACACACAAACACACGUACCACAGGAGGUUGGUGGCAUAUUAAUUGGGGAAGACAGGCAUGUGGUAAUGGCUGGAGCGGAAUAAGUGUAAAGGUAUCAACAUCAUCAAACACAUGGUUUCCAUAUUAUGAGCCAUCCUCCCCUCAGCCGCCUCCACUGACACAUACACACACUUGACGGGCUAUCAUUAUCAAGACGUGCCCCACCCACUGCUCAGAGAUAACAACAACGCCAAAAUACACUGCACCACCCAGCUUCUUAUCUACAGGGCGAGGGCGAUAGUGGCUGAUAACGUGUGUGUGUGUGUGUGUGUGUGUGCAUAUGCAUAUUUGUGUGUGUGUGUCUGCACAUGUGUGUUUGUGGGUGUCUCUGGGGUGGGCCCAUCCUCACUGUAGACCCGGCAGGCACUUCCUGUCAGGAGCUGUCAAUCAAACCGGACAACUGGCCUGAGGGCAGGACAGCUUGUAGCAUGGUAUGAGCAGUGUCACUCUGGUUGAAUAAAGAUCCAUAAAUGUAUAAUUCUUUGUGAAAUUCGUAUCUAUAGGCUACAUUGAGGUUUUUCUUUCAUUAUUUUUAUCUGAUGUUAGUGAGUAGCCUAAGCUUUAGGGCCUGAGCCAAUGAGGCAAAAAGGACAAUGUCGGGAGUUUAAUUCAAUAAUAGAAAAGCUGUGAAAUGGAGAGUUGAAAAUAAAGAGAAGGGAGGGCCAGAACAGUAGUCUAAUGUCUGGGAAAGAUUUGGUGAAGUAGUAAAAGAGGAUUAGGAUGUUAUGUGUGACGACUGUGAGACACUAUACAAUUUCGACAGUCACAAGACGGGGACUUCAAAAUGGCACGUCAAGGGAACUGUACUGUUCAGAUGGGUUAAAUGAAAUAGUAGCCUGACUGAAAUCUGGACACUAACUGUAGGUCUAUAACCUUUACAAUAUUAACUCCUGCAGAAUUAAGCAUUUCUUGCAGUAAAAUGAUACACCAAAUUUUGACUCGGGAACAGGAGUGGAGAAAUAUGAUUUAUUUCUUUCAGCAUCUUGAGAGAAUGAAUGCACGGUUAGGGACCGUCUGUAAAAGUGCUAUCUUAAUUAUUAUUAUAAUAAUAAUAAUAAUAAUAAUAAUAAUAAUAAUAAUAAUAAUAAUAUGCCAUUUAGCAGACGCUUUUAUCCAAAGUGACUUACAGUCAUGUGUGCAUAAAGUUUUACGUAUGGGUGGUCCCGGGGAUGGAACCCACUACCCUGGCGUUACAAGCGCCAUGCUCUACCAAUUGAGCUACAGAGGACCACAAAAUCAUAAAAGCUGAUAGUAUGUAAACCACAUAAAAUAUACAUCCACGCCAAACUGAAAUCUUAUUAAAACCAUGUUGGGUCGUUUUAGCAGCUUUUAAUUUCCUUAAAACGAUCAAACUGAUGUAAUUUGGAAAUGUUGCAUGGAAAUUCUUUCCAGUUUUUUUUUUUGUUAUUGCAUUUUCUCCCCGGUCCCUAAACGUCUUUACAUUUAAGUCAUUACUGUGCGAGAGAGGCAGAGAUGAGGAAAGAGAAAACAAACUUUAACGAUGUCAACUAGAUUGAAGCAUUCAUUCUAUUGAUUUAUGAAAUUAUAAGGGUUUAUUUAGUCUGUUGGUCAAAAAUAAGUAGGGGUGUGGAUCAAAAAACCAGUCAGUAUCUGGUGUGACUACCAUUUGCGUCAUGCAGCGCGACACAUCUCCAUCGCAUAGAGUUGAUCAGGCUGUCCCACUCCGCUUCAAUGGCUGUGCAAAUGUGCUGGAUAUUGACGGGAACUGGAACACGCUGUCGUACACAUCGAUCCAGGGCACCCCAAACUUGCUCAAUGGGUGACAUGUCAGGUGAGUAUACAGGCCAUGGAAGAACAGGGACACUUUCAGCUUCCAGAAAUUGUGUUAGACCCUGACGACAAGGGGCCGUGCAUUAUCAUGCUGAAACAUGAAACAUACAUGUGUGGCAUUGUGUUGUGUGACAAAACUGCACAUUUUAGAGUGGCCUUUUAUUGUCCCCAGCACAAGGUUAAUCUGUGUAAUGAUCAUGCUGUUUAAUCAGCUUCUUGAUAUGCCACACCUGUCAGGUAGAUGGAUUAUCUUGGAAAAUGAGAAAUGCUCACUAACAGGGAUGUAAACAAAUUUGUGCACAACAUUUUAGAGAAAUAAUAUUUUUGUGCAUAUGGAAAAUUUCUGGAAUCUUUUAUUUCAGCUCAUGAAAAAUGGGACCAACACUUUACAUGUUGCGUUUAUAUUUUUGUUCAGUGUAAUUAUAGAAAAGUUGACUAACAAAUAGCCUACUAAAAUGUCUGAAUUUAUAAGCAGAAACACAGGCCUAAAAAGGCCUGUCAAUAAAACGUUCCACCAUCUCUGACUGUGCAGCACAUUUCCUAUAUUUGCGGGUUAGGGUCAGGUGUGGAACUUAGAUUUUCACUAUAUUACAUAUAGUUGGGUGGUUACGGAGGGGAAUUUAGCAAUUGGGGGCGGGUGCGGGUGAACAAACAGCUGACCCGCGCAUCACUACCACACACAACACACACACACGGACAUAAGCAUGGAAAAACACAUGUACACACACACAGGGGUUCACACAGUGUCUACCCUACAGGAUGUGUUGGAUGUUUUCAGAUUCUAUUGUGGUCUGCAGACAGGGUGGCGGGCAAGAGGGCUGUAGCUUUGAUUGCUGUUCGAUGCAGAGGAGAGAAAACACAGCUAGUAUUCAGACUCUGAAAAACAUCAGAUUUUCUAUGAAGUGAAGUGACGUGACCUUGAUCAUAGCUUUUCUUUAAAUUAAAAUCAAUGAAUGGAAUUUAAUGUAUUGGAUAUGAGUAUGAAUGAAAUUCAAAGAAAGUACAGUGGAGUCUGAAAUUAUUGACACCCUUGAUAAAGAUGAGUAAUAAUGACUGUAUAAAAUAUAUAAUUCAAAUAAUGAGGUGUAUUGUAUGCAAAAAAAAGAAGGGAAAUUGAUAAUAUUUUACACUAAUACAAUUGCCCAGAGAAAGAUAUAUAAGUAAUAUAUUUUUUUCUCAAAAAGGUAGGGGUCAAAAUGAUUGACACCCCUAAAGAUUCUUAUAAAUAAAGUAGUCAAAAGUUUAGUAUUUGGUCCCAUGUUCCUAGCACACAAUGACUACAUCAAGUUUGUUACUCUACAAACUUGUUGGAUGCAUUUGCAGUUUGUUUUGGUUGUGUUUCAGAUUAUUUUGUGACCAAAAUGAAUUAAUGGUAAAUAAUGUGUCAUUUUGCAGUCACUUCUAUUGUAAAUAAGAAUAAAAUAUGUUUCUAAACCCUUCUACAUUAAUGUGAUUACGGAAUAAUCCUGAAUGAAUUGUGAAUAAUGAUGAGUGAGAAAGAUAGAGAGAUCAUACCCCAAAGACAUUAUAACCUCUCACCAUAACCAAUAACAGGAAAUUUUGACCCCUACCUUUUCAAGAAAAAAUAUAUAUUACUUGUUAAACUAAAUAUCUUUCUCUGAGCAAUAGUAUUAUAAAAUAUAAUUUCCCAAAUUUUUUGAGCAUACAAUAUAGAUCAGUAUUUUAAUUAUUUAUUUUAUACAGUCAUUAUUGCUCAUCUUUAUCAAGGGUGUCAAUCAUUUCGAACCCCACUUUAUGUCAGAGCAAUAAGACUAGGACUGAGACAUCGGUCUCAGACAGGUUAGGUGGUUUGAAGAACUUGGUUGACACCGAGAGGAAAAAAGGGCUACAGCUGAUGAGGAGCACUUCAGUAUUCUGUGAAGCCAUAUUAUUUGAAGAAUAUCAAAAUAGCAACAUAUAGGGACUUUAUUUUUACUCCCAGUAACUGGAAACCAUGUACACUAAGAACAAAUUAUAUUACAGAAAACAAAGAGAGUCUGUCUGAUAUGUUGGACUGUUAUUAGAUACUGUACAUACAGUAGAAUCAUUUGAUAUUUACUAUGAUAUAUAUAUUUUUUAAGGAGUGGUUGUUGAUAGACAAAGUUUGUAUCAUGAAGUUUUUUGGCUUGUAAUGUGUAUUGUCUGUAUGGUACAGUAUAUACUGUAAUACGGGACUUCUGUCUUUGUCUUCUGUGUUUGUGUCUAAUGGCAGCACACAUAAACCUUAUCAUACAGUGGGGGAAAAAGUAUUUAGUCAGCCACCAAUUGUGCAAGUUCUCCCACUUAAAAAGAUGAGAGAGGCCUGUAAUUUUCAUCAUAGGUACACGUCAACUGUGACAGUCAAAAUGAGAAAAAAAAAUCCAGAAAAUCACAUUGUAGGAUUUUUAAUGAAUUUAUUUGCAAAUGAUGGUGGAAAAUAAGUAUUUGGUCAAUAACAAAAGUUUCUCAAUACUUUGUUAUAUACCCUUUGUUGGCAAUGACACAGGUCAAACGUUUUCUGUAGUCUUCACAAGGUUUUCACACACUGUUGCUGGUAUUUUGGCCCAUUCCUCCAUGCAGAUCUCCUCUAGAGCAGUGAUGUUUUGGGGCUGUCGCUGGGCAACACGGACUUUCAACUCCCUCCAAAGAUUUUCUAUGGGGUUGAGAUCUGGAGACUGGCUAGGCCACUCCAGGACCUUGAAAUGCUUCUUACGAGCCACUCCUUCAUUGCCCGGGCGGUGUGUUUGGGAUCAUUGUCAUGCUGAAAGACCCAGCCACAUUUCAUCUUCAAUGCCCUUGCUGAUGGAAGGAGGUUUUCACUCAAAAUCUCACGAUACAUGGCCCCAUUCAUUCUUUCCUUUACACGGAUCAGUCGUCCUGGUCCCUUUGCAGAAAAACAGCCCCAAAGCAUGAUGUUUCCACCCCCAUGCUUCACAGUAGGUAUGGUGUUCUUUGGAUGCAACUCAGCAUUCUUUGUCCUCCAAACACGACGAGUUGAGUUUUUACCAAAAAGUUAUAUUUUGGUUUCAUCUGACCACAUGACAUUCUCCCAAUCCUCUUCUGGAUCAUCCAAAUGCACUCUAGCAAACUUCAGACGGGACUGGACAUGUACUGGCUUAAGCAGGGGGACACGUCUCGCACUGCAGGAUUUGAGUCCCUGGCGGCGUAGUGUGUUGCUGAUGGUAGGCUUUGUUACUUUGGUCCCAGCUCUCUGCAGGUCAUUCACUAGGUCCCCCCGUGUGGUUCUGGGAUUUUUGCUCACUGUUCUUGUGAUCAUUUUGACCCCACGGGGUGAUAUCUUGCGUGGAGCCCCAGAUCGAGGGAGAUUAUCAGUGGUCUUGUAUGUCUUCCAUUUCCUAAUAAUUGCUCCCACAUUUGAUUUAUUCAAACCAAGCUGCUUAGCUAUUGCAGAUUCAGCCUUCCCAGCCUAGUGCAGGUCUACAAUAUUGUUUCUGGUGUCCUUUGACAGCUAUUUGGUCUUGGCCAUAGUGGAGUUUGGAGUGUGACUGUUUGAGGUUGUGGACAGGUGUCUUUUAUACUGAUAACAAGUUCAAACAGGUGCCAUUAAUACAGGUAACGAGUGGAGGACAGAGGAGCCUCUUAAAUAAGAAGUUACAGGUCUGUGAGAGCCAGAAAUCUUGCUUGUUUGUAGGUGACCAAAUACUUAUUUUCCACCAUAAUUUGCAAAUAAAUUCAUAAAAAAUCCUACAAUGUGAUCUUCUGGAAAGAAAAAUCUCAAUUUGUCUGUCAUAGUUGACGUGUACCUAUGAUGAAAAUUACAGGCCUCUCUCAUCUUUUUAAGUGGGAGAACUUGCACAAUUGGUGGCUGACUAAAUACUUUUUUUCCCCACUGUAUGUCUAACUUAUGUAACCUUACAACAGUAUCACAUGUUACACCAUAGAAUAUAUAAUAUGGGACUAACUCUUUGUCUGUCUCCAUGGCAGCAUACACAGACCACAACGGCUUGUCGCCGCGGCACAUCAAGAGUGACAGUGACGAUGAUGACUUGCCCAACGUAACCCUGGACAGUGUCAUCGAGACCGGAUCUACCGCUCUGUCUAUAGCACGCGCCGUACAGGAGUAA